GCUCGACCCCCUCCCGGGGCUUUCUCCGGCCUGGGGGGCUCGGAGGCCCGGCCGAGCGCGGCCGCUCUCUCCCCGCGCGGGCCAUUGUGAGGUCAGGGUCUGCAGGCGCGUCGGGGGUCCGGGCGAGACGCCCGGAGCGGCCGCUGCGGCCAGUAGCUGCCGCGCCACCGCCGGCCCCUUCACCGGCCGCCCGGUUCAGACCUAGCCGGCAGGGGUGAGAGCGAUGCAGCUAGGGGCCCUGCUCCGGUGCCGCACCCCGUAAAGGGCUGACCUUCCACCUCGCCACCUCACCCACGGGAAGCCAAGACCAAACCAGCUUAGACCUUUUCUGGUGCUUGUAAAACCGAACACAACAAAAGUAUGGAUAUGGGAAACCAACAUCCUUCUAUCAGUAGGCUUCAAGAAAUCCAAAAGGAAGUAAAAAGUAUAGAACAGCAAGUAAUUGGCUUCAGUGGUCUGUCAGAUGACAAGAAUUACAAGAAACUGGAGAGGUUUCUAACGAAACAACUUUUUGAAAUAGACUCUGUAGAUACCGAAGGGAAAGGAGAUAUCCAGCAAGCGAGGAAGAGGGCAGCGCAAGAGACAGAGCGUCUUCUCAAAGAGUUGGAACAGAAUGCAAACCACCCACACCGGAUCGAAAUACAGAACAUCUUUAAAGAAGCCCAGUCCCUGGUGAAAGAGAAGAUUGUGCCAUUUUAUAGUGGGGGCAACUGUGUCGCUGAUGAAUUUGAAGAAGGCGUCCAGGAUAUCAUCCUGAGGCUGACACAUGUCAAAACCGGAGGGAAGAUCUCCUUGCGGAAAGCGAGGUAUCACACUUUAACCAAAAUCUGCGCGGUGCAAGAGAUCAUCGAGGACUGUGUGAAAAAGCAGCCUUCCCUGCCACUGUCCGAGGACGCGCAUCCUUCAGUCGCCAAAAUCAACUCGGUGAUGUGUGAGGUGAACAAGGCCCGGGGCACUCUGAUCGCACUUCUGAUGGGCGUGGACACUAAUGAGACUUGCAGGCACUUGUCCUGUGUGCUGUCGGGCCUGAUUGCGGAUCUGGAUGCCCUGGAUGUGUGUGGGCGGACGGAAAUCAGAAAUUACCGGCGGGAGGUAGUGGAAGAUAUCAACAAAUUAUUGAAAUAUUUGGAUUUGGAAGAGGAAGCAGAUAGUACGUAUGCCUUUGACCUGGGACAGAAUCAUUCCAUUUUAAAAAUAGAAAAGGUCCUCAAGAGAAUGAGAGAAAUAAAAAAUGAACUUCUUCAAGCACAAACCCCUCCUGAGUUGUACCUGAGCUCCAAAACAGAAUUGCAGGGUCUGAUUGGACAGCUGGAUGAGGUCAGUCUGGAGAAGAACCCUUGCAUCCGGGAAGCCCGGAGAAGAGCGGUGAUUGAGGUGCAGACCCUGAUAACCUACGUUGACUUGAAGGAGGCCCUGGAGAAGAGGAAGGCCUUCGCCUGUGAGGAGCACCCGUCCCAUAAGGCGGUCUGGAACGUCCUGGGACACUUGUCCGAGAUCCAGGGAGAAGUUCUUUCAUUUGAUGGGAACCGAACUGAUAAGAACUACAUCCGGCUGGAAGAGCUGCUCACUAAGCAGCUGCUGGCCCUGGACGCGGUGGACCCGCAAGGAGAGGAGAGGUGUAAGGCCGCCAGGAAGCAGGCCGUGAAGCUCGCGCAGAACACCCUCAGCUAUCUCGACUUGAAGUCCGACGGGUGGGAGUACUGAGCCCCCGUCUCAUGGUGGACAUCUCUUGUUUUGCACUUUACGUAUACUUCUGUGUGUUUAUGGAGAGCUUUCAGUUCGUUGAGCCUGAAUGUGAUUUAUACAUGCAGAUUUCAAUCUCCGUUUUUAUGAUUUAAGCAAAUUAUAUUCAGUAUCUCUGCUGCUUUUGAUGUUGCAAAACAAAUUCAUUACAGCACGUUAACUUUUCCAUUUGGAUCAUUAUCUGUAUGUUGAUGUGGUUUUUGGGGGGGGGUUAAUCAGAAAGUGGAACGGGCAGCUUUUGUCAUUUUUAAGUGGGUUGUGCAAGCUUUGAAAUGCCGAUCUUUCAGGAUCUAGAUACAGACGCAGCCUGACAGAGCACUAGAACAAUUAUGAGAAGGGGGGAGUUUUUGGUUAGGAGAAGAAAGGUCCAGACGCAAAAGCAGUACGAUGACAUGUUUUAUUACGCUUCAUAAAGCAGAAGGGUUUGGGGUUUUUUUCCUUCGUUUCUAAGGCCUCACUGGUCCAACCCAAGUUAAUAGGGUGGGGGUUUUUUGUUUUCAGGCUUUCUGGUUUUUUUAUAAGCAUUUUUUGUUUGGAAAAUGGUGUCUGUAUUUUCCCCCAUACUCUGCAUUUAGAGGGGGAAAUCUUAUUUUCAUGUGCAACAUAAGAAAAUUAUGAAAAUUAAUAGCAAAAAAACCUUUGAGACUGCACUGAAGAAGGGGUAAAACACCAACUAAUUACCUUCAAGUUUUUGUUGUAAGCUCUGAAUUUACAAUUUUCCGUAGUCAUCAGUAAGGAUGGGAACAGUUAAGUGAAGUUAGGAAACCUUUAAAAAAGAAAAAAAGGAAACACCCAUCCCUGUGGCAAGAUCCUGCAGGCUGGACACUGCGCUGUCAGGUGGCGCUACUCGGAAGCCGACAGGUGUGGUGUAGCGCCCCGGGCUGUUGGAGGCUGCCUCACGACAAAGCCUGGACACACACCGGUGCCGUUUCCUAGUGGCGGAGAGCAGGAACCGCCAGCAGCUCCGCAGGACCACACCUUGCUGGCUGCUCCCAGCAUCCGGACCCCUCGCGCCCGCGCCCGGGCCUGAGCAGUGAAAGCAGCUCGGCACCUGCUGGGCCCGUAGCUCACGUCCCUGGCACGUGGACGUGUCUCUAGGUGUGGAAAGAGCCAGUAGGGUCUGUCUAUGCGUGGUGGUUUUCCUUCUGCUAAAGGGUUUACAGAUUUCUGAGGAUCCAGUCCUAUGGCUGCCAGUUAAUGAGAACAAAAGAAUUUCCCAAAGUUCUGAAGUGCCUUGAUAACCUGUUGGUCCCAGCAAGAUGACGAACAGACUUUGUGUUGUCACCUUUCACACGGUAACCCUGCUAGAGUACAGCCUUUGGACUCUGUGGCAGUCUGUCAUUUCCUUUCCCAGAUACCGAUUUGGUAACUGUAGGCAGCUAAAGAUAAGAGAUAAGGGGAAUAGCCCUAAAUACCGAAAAGAUAAAAGUGUGGCCCUCAAGAGAUUUUUACUUUGUCUCAGCAUUGCCCGGUAAUUAAAAGCCCUAGAUGUGUUUUUCCUACUAGAACUGUUCUAGUAGGAUUCUGCGGAUAGCGGAGUCAAAGGGCAUUUGCGUCUUUGCACCCUGAGCCCCUCCCGUGUGCGCAUCCCGUGCCUGGCGCCUGCAGGUCCCCAGUGCAGGUCACUGGGAGCUCAUUUUGGCCAAGGUCCUUUUAGGACUGCUAUUCUGUAUCAUAAUUUUUGGGUGCUCUUAAAAUCUUUGGAGUUUUUAUACUCAAGUGCUGCCUCAGUUUAUCCCCCUGGGAAAUCAAGGCGUCCUCUCAAGCACUUGAGACAUGUCCUGCCCCAGGCUCUAGUUCAUUUUCAAUGUCAGAUUUGAAGGUUAAAUGUCAGCAUUUCCUUUAAAAGUAUCCAUUGUUCUUCCGGGAGGGACCUGCCCGCACUGUUCCUUGCAAACAAGGUGUUCUGUAGCAUUUCUAGAGACGGCUCAUGCCACCGAGCUCUGAGCGAGCUCUGAGCGCUGCCUAUGAGUGGAGGGAAGUCUCGAGAGCUGUUGCGGAUUUCUCGAGCGGGUUCUUUGGUCAUUGCCGUGAUCAGAUCAUCCUCAAGUGACUCAGGGCAUGACAUCUCCUGUCCCACCUGCUCACUCUCCCGUAAGGAACUCCAGUGACACCGGAUUUAGCUUUUCGUGUCCCCGGGUUGGGAGCUGUCUGUGCAUAGGGGCUGCCGCAUGUAACUUUACAUUGAGCUCAUGACAUUGUAUUGUAUUUUUAUGAUCUUACAUGAAGAGAACCUGUAAUGGGAGUAAAACCUACCCCCCCAAAAAAUGUUUGGCCUUGGGUCUGCAUUAAACGGUAUAAUCCAUGUCCGCGCAAAAACUGACUGGGAAUGUUUGCUUUCUUCACCGCACAUGCAGACAGCUUUGCUUUCACGUCAGUCUUCACCCAAAUUAGACUAAAGUCAGUCAACCUAAUAAUGAAGUACUUAGGAAACUCAGUGAGUCUCCUAAGUACAGUGGGAGGCUUUAUUUCGCUACAAUGCCUUGAUAUAGUGUAUGUGAUACAGGUUAGUAUGUGCGAGACGUUUAACCAGUGUUUCUCAUUUGUUUUAAUUUGCCAAUUUUUAUUUGGUUUUUGAAGGUCUAAGCUUAUCCUGUACGUACAGGUUGUUCUUAAGCAAAGCUUUUCAGCUUCUAACAUGUCUAGUAUUCUUCUAAGAAUAAUUGGAGAAAUAUUUGCCAUUGAUUUUGAUGUACAAUACAGAUGUGUUCCUCCAGGCUGUUGGUUCCUGUCCCCGCUCUAUUCAUUGUAUGACUAUUAAUCGUAUGUCUGAAAUAAUUCAGUAUUUUGAGAUAUUAGUAUACCCUUAAUUAUUAAUGCAAUAAAAAUCUCUUAGCUUAUCUUUGCA